AUGAUAGUCAGAGGAAUCCCAAUUCCCAGAGAGAACGAAGUCUUCACCCAAAGAGGAGAUAAAUUUGGUCCGCAUUUUAGGUCUCAAUCGACCCAUGCUUCCCUUGGCGCUCUUCGUCGCCUCUGCAACAUUCCUCAGAAAAUAGAAUUCUCUCUUCCUAAACCCAAUGAGUCUCCGGAAAUAGUGCGAGAAGGUUACUGUUAUGCUUACGAAAUCUAUUUCAAAGGUUGCGGUUUAUUUUUUCCCAUACCGGAAGUUCUCCUUUUGUACCUUCUCCAUCUGGGGAUCGCUUUUCCCCAAGUGGCUCCCAACUUUCUCCGAUACGUCCUGAGCACCCUGACUGUUUUGGCAGAAGCAGGGUUUUCUCUCACCACUAGCGAAAUCUUAGGGCUAUUUCGAGCCCGUCAAUCCACAGCAGCGGGUAUUUUUUCUAUGAAUCCUAUGUUUGACCGUAACCUGAUCGACGGAAUGCCCUCGCAUGAUGGGCCUUGGAGGAAAUACUGGUUCUUUUUCCGAGUCAAUCCUCACUCUGUCCAAGGGAACCAAACUAUUCCCCGUCCAACUGUUGAUUUCCUAUCUUUCUUUCGAAUCGUUUCCGAGGGUGAAACAAAUUGGAAUUCCUUCACCCUUCGACGUAUUCAUAAUGCGGGGCUCGCUAUCAAAGAUGGUCAAACUCAUCCCCUCGAUCCUCCUUCUGAAGAGAAAGAUGUCUCGAGCCUGAAUGCUCGCGAUAAAAGAAACAUCCUUCUCGAAACUAAGGCUCUUAAGGAUCAACUAUCAGAAAUUGGGAAAAAGAAACGGAUCGCCGCAAUCUCCAGGGUUGGUAACUGCCACAGGAAGACCCUCUUGGUCGAUGACGACCCUGAGCUCCCUCUUCCGAGUGACAGAGUAAUUCCAGAAGAAAUCGAUGAAUUGAAACCGGAGUUUCCUUCGUCUCAAGGAUUGAGUGUUAGUACUCAAAACCCUUUACCAGCUUCGAUUUCUGAAACUGGCGGAGAAGAGAUUGGAGACAUCUUCCGAAGCUUUCAAACCAGGGGAGGGGCAUCCCUUCCCCCUUUUUCAGUUUGGAGGCCAGAAAUCCGUCAGAUGUACGUCAAUCGAGCUUACUACCUAUCUCAGGCGUUUACGGAGACUAAUAGAAUGAUCUUCCAUUAUGAGAAUCUUCUUCACCAAGCGAUGAGAGAGACCGCAAAGGCUAAGAAGGAGAUCGAUGAACUUAAAUUAGUCAAUCAGUCUGACCGACUCGAGCAGGGGAAAACCCUCGAGUCGUCCUUUGAGGAUAUGAAGAAGACUUUGGCAGCUAACGAGCAACGCCUCAGAAUUGCAAAUGCUGAAAGAGAUUCUGCGAGGUCUAAUGCCCUUCGCUUGAAGACUGAGUUAGAAGAGGCUACAGCUUUUUCCGAAGAAGCGAGCCAUAAGGCCGACUUUUUAGCUAAGACUAGGGCUCGCGAGAUCGCCGAAGCCGAACAUAACGCUCGAGAACAGAUGAAGGGCUUUGGUAGGCAACUUAUUCAGUCUAUCAUGAAGUUUAUCAAAGACGAAGAAGUCUGGACUAAACUUCAAUCCAAUCGAGCCGAACUAAAGAGUAAUCUAGACCUGAUUGGGGGACUAGAGAAUGUAAGAAUUUCGUUCGAGAAUGAGAGGAGGGAAGUUACUGCCAAACUCGCUGUAGUUGAAUCCGAGUUAUCUUCGGCUUCCCGUCCUACUCUCGAUCUGAAAUAA